AUGAGUUACAUGGUGCCAACAGCUAAAAGCAACCAGAUACACACUGCAAAGUUAUCUCUGUCCGAGGAGUUUCGCAUAGGCCCCGAUGAAAUAACUUGCGAAUCCUUUGGAAGGAUCGGGAUAUUUGAAGAUUCUACAUAUAGAUUGACAUUGGAUGUUAUUCGUCCAUAUACCGAAAGUAUUUUGAAAGAUCUCUCGAGUGUUAAAUAUCCAAUAUAUUUUGCUACUACUAUUAAAACACAGAUUUGUCGGGACUGGACUUUACUUCACGAAUAUAGACCAGCAAAUGACGAACGAAAAGCUAAUGCUGAAACCAAUUCAGCUGGCACCAUUAUCGGAUAUGGGAGCUUGAAGGUGACAGAUGGGAAGGAACGCUGGAAGAUUUUCAACGUUGCCUAUGUCCCCGAGGCUAAGCUUAAUAUGAUAAACCCUGACUUGUUCCUAUUCUCUGAUAGUGACUCGGUUUUCAUUAAAAAAUCUGGUAUUUACCAUUCCAGUCUUGGAAGGAUUGGAGUCUCUGAGGGCAGCUCCACGAGAUUGUUUAGAUCAACAUUAGGAGUCAUUCCUCCAAUAAACCACGCCAAUCACGGAUCAAGGAAGUGA